CGGGCAUAAGGUACAUUUGACCACCACAGGGGUACCCAUGUUACACUUAUAAAGCAGACACUACAGUAGACUGCACCUGAGCCAUGGCUCUGUCUAAAUCAGCCCGACUGUACCUCAAGAUUUCUGACAGUCUGUCAGAAGAAGAUGUCAGAAAUCUGCGAGCCUUGGUCGUUCAUGACAGGAUUCUUGGCAAGUCUAGAGUCGAGCGCGCGACGCCUCUAGAAAUCUUCAACAUGUUGGACGACAACAUGGCCAUUGGAGAGGGAAAUUUGGGCUUCCUCGAGCAACUUCUCAGGAGUUUGGGGAAGGGAAAGCUUGCAGACGAAGUUAGGCACCUUGAACAAGAACAGAAAAAAGAAGGUACCAGCCAGUCCAAUGGAGCCGAAACAAAGAAAAGUGUUCAAUCAACAGACGAUCAGGACACCCAAAUCAGCUUAAAUCGCCUCCAUGUUGAGCUGAACACCCUUGCAGUAAAGCCAGACAAAGACCACCAGGACUGGGACAGAAUGCUGGACCUGUACUGUCAGAUAGGAGAUCUCUACAGGACAAAACUGCACCUGCUCCAGUCAGCUCUAAAGUACUACCAGAAGAUGCUAGAAUGCUCUCAGGCCCUGUCGAAAGACACAAAAGAAGCAGAGGCGUACAACAGAAUUGGUCUGACAUAUGAGAUCUUGGGUCUACAUAAGGAAGCAUCCACAAACCACGAGAGAGCAUUGGGUAUCUUGAAGGCAAAGGGAAGGGAGACUGAAGUCUGUGCAGCUUACAAAACCCUGGCAUCCUCUCUAGCAUUGUCAGGUCAAGUGUCAGAUGCAAAAACUCAUUAUGAAUCAGCCUUGGCUGCUGCCAUGGAAGCAAGGAACAAGACUGAACAGUUGGACAUCAAUAGUAAGCUGGGUGAUUUACACAGGGAACAGCUAGAUGAACCACGUGAAUCACACUGGUACUACACAGAGAUGCUGGCACUGGCUAAAGACUUGGGGAGGGAGGACCUGGAGGGGCAUGCCUACAACCGACUGGGCCUGGCCUGUGGGGACAUGCAGGAUAACAAGUCAGCUCUGAAGUGGCAUCGGAAGGACCUGACGAUGAGCCUGGAUGCUGGGGACAAGACAGCGCAGAUAGCAGCACACACGAACGUGGGCAACGCAUACAGGCUACUCGGCAAACACGACAAGGCGACAUCCCACUUCAACUCGGCCUUACAGCUGGCACAGCAGACAGGGGACCUACAUGGACAGAUGGAUGUUUACAUGAAGAUGGGUGAGAUGCACAGGGAGCAACUCCACUUCCCACACACGGCACUACAGCACUAUGAACAGUAUCUUUCUCUAGCCAGGCAGUUAAUGGACAGGCAACAGGAGGGACUAGCUUACAACAGGCUGGGACUGACCCACCACGAGAUGGGGGAGUACGAGGAGGCUCUGAAGUGGUACGAGAGAGCCCUGAAGAUGCAGGAAGACGAUGGGGACAAGGCAGCACAGAUCGUACAGCACACGAACAUGGGAGACACGUGUAGGUUACUGGGUCAACUGGACCGGGCCAGAUCUCACUACCAGUCAGCUAUGGCCGUUGCCAUGGAGACAGACAACAAAUAG